GGCAAGUCAGACAAGUUCCAGGCGGAGGAGGCGGCGUGCCUGACUUCACUUAGUUUUGUAUGAAAAACCACGAACCGCAAGUGUUGCACGGCCACUUGUCAGUAUUGAUCCGAGCUGCGGGUCCGGGUUCGCGUUUUGAUGAUAUUCAUCAGCGUCAUUAGCUAAGUUAAUUAGCCGUUUUUUUCUUGGAGCAGCACGUCUUUGACCGAGGGGCCGCGCCGCUUGUGGACAAUGAGGAAGAUUGCUUUGCUGCUGAUUGUGCUGCUCGGGGUUGCGCACUUUGCGACCGUGAGCAGAUGUGAAGACGAUGUUGAAGAAAACAAGGAGGAGAGUGACGAUGAAGAGGGAGAUGAUGAAGUUGAUGAUGAUGAAGAAGAAGAUGACACAGAGGUGAAAGAGGAGAACGGGGUGCUGGUUCUCAAUGACAACAACUUUGACACGUUCAUGGAGGGGAAAGACACGGUUCUGGUCGAGUUUUAUGCUCCAUGGUGUGGCCACUGCAAACAGUUUGCCCCGGAGUAUGAAAAAAUUGCUCAGACUCUCAAGGAGAAUGACCCUCCUGUACCUGUGGCCAAAGUGGAUGCAACAGUAGCUACCGUUUUGGCGAGCAGGUUCGAAGUGUCGGGAUAUCCCACCAUCAAGAUCCUGAAAAAAGGGGAGCCUGUGGAAUAUGACGGAGAGAGAACAGAGAAGGCCAUGGUGGAGCGAGUGAAAGAAGUGGCUCAGCCAGACUGGAAGCCCCCUCCUGAGGCAACACUGGUGCUGACCAAGGACAACUUUGAUGACACCGUCAAUAAUGCCGACAUCAUCCUGGUGGAGUUUUAUGCUCCAUGGUGCGGACACUGUAAGCGUUUGGCUCCAGAGUACGAGAAGGCAGCCAAGGAGCUGAGCCAGCGCUCGCCUCCCAUUCCUCUGGCCAAGGUGGACGCCACAGUGGAGGGCGAGAUCGCCUCACGCUUCGACGUCACCGGCUAUCCCACCCUCAAGAUCUUCAGGAGGGGCAAGGUGUUUGACUACAAUGGGCCCAGAGAAAAGUAUGGUAUUGUUGAGCACAUGAGUGAGCAGGCAGGACCUCCUUCCAAACAGGUCCAGGCAGCGAAGCAGGUGCAAGAGCUCAUCAAGGAUGGUGAUGAUGCCGUCAUCGUUGGUGUGUUUUCUGGCGAGCAGGACGCAGGCUAUGAGAUUUACAUCGAGGCCUGUAAUGCUCUGAGGGAAGACUUCACCUUCCGUCACUCCUUCAGCGCUGAAGUGGCCAAGCUGCUCAAAGCUUCUCCCGGCCAGAUUGUCCUUGUUCAUCCUGAAAAGUUCCGCUCCAAGCAUGAGCCAUCGUCUCACACAUUGGCAGUCAAGGAUUCUACACCGGUAUCAGAAGUGCAAGAGUUCUUCAAAAAACAUGCCAUUCCUCUGGUGGGACACAGGAAGCCAAGCAAUGAUGCUAAACGCUACGCCAAACGACCCCUGGUGGUUGUGUAUUAUGGAGUUGACUUCAGCUUUGACUACAGGAAAGCUACGCAGUUCUGGAGGUCUAAGGUACUCGAGGUGGCCAAGGACUUCCCAGAGUACACGUUUGCCAUCGCUGACGAGGAGGAUUAUGCGGAGGAGCUGAAGAGCCUGGGCCUGAGUGAGAGCGGAGAGGAAGUGAACGUGGGGAUUAUGGCAGACGGAGGCAAAAAGUUUGCCAUGGAGCCUGAGGAGUUUGACUCAGAGGUGCUGAGAGACUUUGUUGUGGCUUUCAAGAAAGGAAAGCUCAAACCCGUCAUCAAAUCCCAGCCAGUGCCAAAAAACAACAAAGGACCAGUUAAGGUUGUGGUGGGAAAGACCUUCGACGAGAUCGUCAUGGACACCCAGAAGGACGUCCUGAUCGAGUUUUACGCUCCGUGGUGCGGCCACUGUAAGAAACUGGAGCCCGACUAUUUGGCUCUGGCCAAAAAGUACAAGGGUGAGAAGAACCUGGUGAUCGCCAAGAUGGACACCACAGCCAACGACGUGCCAAACGAGAGCUACAAAGUGGAAGGCUUCCCCACAAUAUACUUUGCCCCAAGCAACAGCAAGCAGAGCCCCGUAAAGUUGGAAGGCGGAGACAGAACAGUAGAAGGGCUCAGCAAGUUUUUGGAAAAGCACGCCACAAAGCUAUCACAGAAGAGAGACGAACUUUGAAACCGUCUCUCGGCACGUAGCCAAGAACUCUUACUCUUAUGUGUGGGCGGAGCCUUAGGGGACGCUGAGGGAGGCCUCUGGGGAGGUGAAGGGAACGCAGAGGAUGAUAAAGGGUGUUACUGACUUGCAGUGAUGAUUAUGAGAUUCAAUCAUCAUUUUAGUUUCUGUUCAUUCCAAGAGAUUCAGCUUUCUUCUGUUUCUAAAAGCAUGUAAGCACUGUUGAAGAAUUUUUAAAUAAAACUGAAAAUGAUGGCAGCUUCGUGGGCCAGCACUCGAA